ACUGUCGUGUGUUGGUCAACUACGGUCACUCCUCGCGCUUUUUCGCUUUCUCAGCAGUCAGUGAGACCAGUCAGCCAGUCCUCUCCGCUCCGCCCGGCAGCAGAUUACAGUCCCAGUCCCUGGCAUCGUCGGGAUUUUACUGCAUAUCCAUCCGUUGGUGGACCCUUGUUCGAGACAAGACAAGACAGGACAAGAACCCACGACAGCCUUGCCUUGUCUUUCAAAGCAAGCCCGGCGGCAUCUUUUUUUGGUCGCCCCAUUCUUCCUUUCAUCACCACCAACCUUUCUCCUUCUCCUUGACCGAGCUCCUGUCAAAGACCCAAGCUAAAUUAUCUGGAGACUGGGACCUGCUUCAGAGCAAGGAUUCUUCCUUCACCCCCCACGCUUGAAUACUUGAUCUCGUGCCUCCCACCCCAAUAUCCAGACUCGAAUGAAGUUGCUUGUUCAGCUCAUCGUCGUCAAAAUGAAUUCCACAAUCUUGUAGCCGAUACUUGCAACGCGCGAGCACUUGCAACUACAUAGGUUGCCUUUUCGACCUACCGUUGCAACUUCAAACUUCCGAUUUUAAAAGUCUAUACCGCCUUCAAACAUCAACUCAACUCGCCUUCCCCCACGACAACCUCACUCUUCAACCUAUCUACCACCUACUUCCUUCUUCCGAUCUAUCAGCCAUCUACUCCACGGUUACUAUCAUAGCGACAUCACCAAGUCGUCCGAAUUAGUCCUAGAGGAUCAGAACAAGAUUGUAUGACCUUAGACAACAUGACUUCGAAACGCAGUUCACGACUCUUCGUGGACGAGCCUACGCAUACCAGAGAAGGCCAACAAACACCCAGCGCCACACAAUUCCGUUCAAGACAGGGCUCCCGAAGCUCUACAAGAGAAGAAACGAUGCAAGAAGUAGAGGAAGCCCUCUUUAAUGGCCGCGAUGCCACAAAUGUCAGCCGAUCCGGGAGCCUUUCCGCCGUCAAUAUGGAAGCAUCCCUAUCAACCUCUUCAAGAACUAGCAAUUCGAGUGCCUCCUCAACAUCGGCAUAUCAAUCACAAUCAACCGACUACACAGCGCCCUUCAAUGGCCGGCCUCACAAUUUUGGCGUUGUCAUUCCAGGCGUUUACCGAAGUAGCUUUCCUAGGUCUCACGAUUUUGAGUACCUCAAGGGUCUGGGCCUCAAGACCAUUGUCACGCUUGUCAAGAAGGACGAACUUGAUCACGAUCUAGAGACAUUCGUCCAGCGUGAAGGUAUUCGACAAGUCGUCUUCAACAUGAAGGGCACAAAGAAGGAGGCUAUCCCUCUGGGCACAAUGAAGGCCAUCCUCAGUAUCGUCCUCGACAAGUCAAAUUACCCUCUGUUGAUUCACUGCAAUCACGGAAAGCACCGAACUGGAUGCGUUGUCGGAGUUGUCCGAAAGAUCGCCGGCUGGAACGCUGAGAGCGUCGUCGCAGAGUACAAGAGCUACGCCGAGCCAAAGGCCCGUGAGUGCGAUGUCAACUAUCUUGAUGACUUCCAGAUCUCAAGUUUGGGAAUCUCGAAUCCCAUCCCCAACAUGACAAAAGAUGUCUACAAGAAUCGCAGUCGGUUUCAACCUCGCACAUUUUUUCGAGCCGUCUUCCUCACAGCCUUUGUCUUGCUGUUGUUCUUCAUGUCAGGAUCAAAACUCAGCACAGCGACAAGGCCUGACCAUCUUCUUCUCUGACCAUGGCCACUCGGCGACGGCCGAUAAUGACAUCGUAACAAAACUUUGAUCAUCUCAUCCCUCGAAAAGUUGAAUCGAACACGAAAAAAGCUCUUUUCACAAACUACACAUGUACAACCGAUACUUUUCCUUUUACUUAUAACAACCUCGAUUCGGCAGACACAGACCGCCUACGACGUGUCUGAGCCACCAAGAGAAGGAUUUCAUAUUUACCACUUGAAAACCAGAUGUGUCGAGGUUUUUUCUAUUCAUGACGUACUAUGCAUUUGACGGCAAGGGCCGUAUGGGUUUUGGGAGACGAAUCAAGGGCUGAGAAUGUCUUCCGGACUGGCGUUUUAUUCUAAAGAGAUGAGGGGAGGCACUGAAUGCUAGACUUUGGGCUGGAGAUUUCCCUUUUUCGACAGAGGCACGAUGAGUUUGCCUGUUGAUGCGAUAGGAGAAGCAAAAGGCGCAUUGAAGAUACGGGGUUUGAACUGUAUUAAUAGAUAAAUACUGAUGAUACCUGGAUAGCAGGGCGUUGGGUAAAAUAGCAGAAGAAAAAAGUGCUAUCAUUAUGAGUUCCAGUA